CCAGGUUUAAAAUAUAUAAUUAUUAUAAAAAUCGAAACGGAGAAAAUGGCGCGUAUUGUCAAUGAAAGAUAGAGGAAGAGAAACAAACUCUCUCGACCAUGUUUCUCCCGAACACUACGCUUCAUCUCUCUCUUUUGUCUCUCUUCUUACAUUUUCUUCAUCUCCUUCGUCUCUUUACUUUCAUUCCUCUCUUUCAUCAAUCUUUCCUCCAUGGAAAUUAACAACAACAACCACCACCACUCUGAUACCGACGAUGACAUCCUCGCCUCCAUGAGCUCUGUUCCUCCUCCUCGUAAAAUCCAUUCCUACAGCCACCAGCUCCGUGCCUCCGGUCAAAAAGUCCGUCACCACCGCCAUCGCCAACAGCAUAGCCUCGAUGAUAUUCCCAAACUCACCGAGAUCAUCUCCGGUUGCAGUAUCUCCGGUGAUUCUUCCGAUGAUGAGUUCUACCCUUACGCCUCCACCAUCAACUCCUCGUCCUUCCCUUUCACCGGAGACAUCAACGAUUCCGAUGAUUACUUAAUAACGCAUCAGCCUGAGAUCGGAGAAGAUUUUCAACCCCUUCCAGAGUUUGUAGGCUCUGGAGGAGGCGUGGGGAUGUUCAAAGUCCCCACGCGGUCUCCGUUGCACUCGGCGCGUCCUCCUUGCUUAGAGCUAAGGCCGCAUCCACUUAAGGAGACUCAGGUUGGGAGAUUCUUGAGGAACAUAGCUUGUACAGAAACACAACUGUGGGCUGGACAAGAGAGCGGUGUUAGGUUCUGGAACUUUGAUGACGCGUUCGAGCCAGGGUGUGGUCUAAGCGGACGUGUAAGGAGAGGAGAUGAGGAUGCUGCACCGUUUCAUGAGUCGGCGAGUACUUCACCCACCACUUGUUUGAUGGUUGACAAUGGGAAUAGGGUUGUUUGGAGUGGUCACAAGGAUGGUAAGAUUAUGUCAUGGAAGAUGGAUCAUGGACCUGGUAAUAAAAGUGAUGAUGGUGAGGAUGAUACUCCUUUCAGUGAAGGCCUCUCUUGGCAAGCUCAUAAGGGUCCUGUAAAUUCCAUAAUCAUGAGUUCUUAUGGUGAUUUAUGGUCAUGUUCAGAAGGUGGUAUGAUCAAGAUAUGGACAUGGGAAACUAUGGAGAAAUCACUUUCUAUUAGAUUAGAGGAGAAACAUAUGGCUGCUUUGUUGGUGGAGAAGUCAGGGAUUGAUCUCAAGGCUCAAGUUACUGUUAAUGGUAACUGCAGCAUAUCUUCCUCUGAAGUCAAAUCUUUGUUAGCUGAUAAUGUAAGAUCUAAAGUAUGGGCUGCUCAGCUUCACACCUUCUCCUUGUGGGAUGGUCGCACAAAGGAGCUACUGAAAGUUUUCAACACAGAAGGUCAGACUGAAAACCGCGUCGAAAUGCCAUCAGGGCAGGAUCAGCCACCAGAAGAUGAGACAAAGGUUAAGAUUGCUUCCAAUUCUAAAAAGGACAAGCCACAUGGGUUCUUGCAGCGCUCAAGGAAUGCUAUCAUGGGAGCUGCGGAUGCUGUUAGAAGAGUUGCAACAAGAGGAGGAGCAAACGAAGAUGCUAAAAGAACAGAAGCAAUUGUAUUAGCCGGAGAUGGCAUGGUUUGGACCGGAUGCACAAACGGUUUGCUUGUACAAUGGGACGGAAAUGGAAACAGGUUGCAAGAUUUCCAUCACCACCAGUGUGCUGUGUUGUGUUUCUGCACUUUUGGGGAAAGAAUAUACAUUGGUUAUGUUAGUGGUCACAUUCAGAUAAUUGAUCUUGAAGGAAACUUAAUAGCCGGAUGGGUUGCACAUAAUAACGCAGUGAUAAAGAUGGCAGCAGCUAAUGGUUAUAUUUUCAGCUUAGCCACUCAUGGUGGUAUACGUGGAUGGCAUGUGAUUUCUCCUGGGCCUCUUGAUGGGAUAAUAAGAUCAGAACUGUCUGAAAAAGAACGGACUUAUGCACAGACAGAUAGUGUUAGGAUUUUGAUCGGUUCAUGGAAUGUUGGACAAGGAAAAGCUUCACAUGAUGCACUUAUGUCUUGGUUAGGCUCUGUAGCGUCAGAUGUUGGUAUUCUGGUUGUAGGUUUGCAAGAAGUAGAGAUGGGUGCUGGUUUUUUGGCAAUGUCAGCAGCUAAAGAAUCGGUAGGGGGAAAUGAAGGAAGUUCUAUAGGGCAGUAUUGGAUAGACACAAUAGGGAAGACCUUAGAUGAGAAAGCAGUGUUUGAACGCAUGGGAUCAAGGCAGUUAGCUGGUUUGCUCAUAUCACUUUGGGUGAGGAAGAAUCUGAGAACACAUGUAGGUGACAUUGAUGUAGCAGCAGUUCCAUGUGGUUUUGGACGUGCAAUUGGUAACAAGGGAGGUGUAGGCUUGAGAAUUAGGGUCUUUGAUAGGAUCAUGUGCUUCAUCAACUGUCACUUGGCUGCACAUUUAGAAGCUGUCAACCGCAGAAAUGCUGAUUUUGAUCACAUCUACAAAACAAUGUCAUUUUCACGGUCAUCAAAUGCUAAUAACGCACCAGCUGCUGGUGUGACUACGUGUUCUCAUACCACAAAAAGCGCAAAUAAUGUAAUCGUCAACACAGAAGAGACAAAACAAGACCUAGCUGAGGCAGACAUGGUUGUAUUUUUUGGUGAUUUCAACUACAGGCUCUUUGAUAUAUCAUAUGAUGAAGCUAGAGACUUUGUCUCACAAAGAAGCUUUGAUUGGCUUAGAGAAAAAGAUCAGCUUAGGGCAGAGAUGAAAGCUGGAAAAGUCUUCCAAGGAAUGCGUGAAGCGAUAAUCACAUUCCCUCCAACUUAUAAAUUUGAAAGACACCGACCUGGAUUAGGAGGUUAUGAUUCAGGUGAGAAAAAGCGUAUUCCUGCAUGGUGUGAUAGAGUAAUAUACAGAGACACACGCACCAGUCCAGAAUCUGAAUGCAGUCUAGACUGUCCUGUCGUUGCUUCAAUCAUGAUGUAUGAUGCUUGUAUGGACGUGACAGAGAGCGAUCACAAACCUGUCCGUUGCAAAUUCCAUGUGAAGAUAGAGCAUGUUGAUAGAUCAGUAAGGAGACAAGAGUUUGGGAGGAUCAUCAGGACCAAUGAGAAAGUCAUAGCGUUGCUUAACGAUCUACGUUAUGUUCCGGAGACAGUUCUCAGCAGCAACAACAUUGUUCUCCAGAACCAAGAUACCUUUGUACUUCGCAUCACCAACAAAUGUGUCAAGGAGAAUGCUGUGUUCAGGAUCUUAUGUGAAAGUCAUAGUACGUUGGGAGAAGAUGAAGAUAAGUUGGAGUUACAUCCUUUUGUCUCGUUCGGUUUCCCACGGUGGCUUGAGGUGAUGCCAGCUGCAGGAACUAUAAAACCGGAUAGUUCCGUGGAGGUCACGGUUCACCAUGAGGAGUUCCAUACAUUGGAGGAGUUUGUAGAUGGGAUUCCUGAGACUUGGUGGUGUGAGGACACAUGGGAUAAAGAAGCAAUACUUGUGGUGAAUGUGCAAGGAAGUUGUUCAACUGAGACUGUGUGCCAUAAGGUUCAUGUUCGUCACUGCUUCUCGGCUAAGAAUCUUAGGGUUGACUCCAUCCCAUCUAACUCCAAAUCCACGGGUUUGAAGAAGAACGAAGGAGACUCUGGCUCCAAGUCUCAAAAGAAGAAUAAAGGAGAUUCUAGCUCCAAGACUCAGAAGAAGAGUGAUGGAGACUCCAGUUCAAAGUCUCAAAAGAAGAACAAAGGAGACUCCAACUCCAAGUCUCAGAAGAAGAGCGAUGGAGAUUCCAACUCCAAGACUCAGAAGAAGAGUGAUGGAGAUUCCAACUCCAAGUGUCAAAAUAAGAAUGAGGGAGAUUCCAACUCCAAGUGUCAGAAGAAGAGUGAUGGAGAUUCCAACUCCAAGUCUCAGAAGAAGGAUGAUGGAGACUUGAGCUCCAAGUCUCAAAAGGAAAGCGAAGGAGAUUCAAGCUCCAAACCUCAGAAGAAGAGUGAAGGAGAUUCAAGCUCUUGCAAGUUUCAGAGUGGGAAGAAGAACGAAGGAGAUACAAGUUCCUACACGUCACAAAGUGAAAACAAGAGUGAAGGAGACACGACCUCGUACAAGUGCCAGAGCUGGAAGAAGAACAGUAGUAACUCGUCAACGGGGGAGGAGAGCCGGAGUGGCCACAACAAACGUUGACUUGGGUUUCAAGAGACCAGUAAAUAUACACUAAGUACGAACCUACUUAAAACUGUAGAAUAUACCAACGCUCACUUGUUUGUAUUUUACAUUCAGAUACCAACUUUGAUUUGUACUCUUUUCAUUUUUAACAUUCAUAAUGUUUUAAGUUUUUCUUAAUUAUAUAUAAGUACGUAAGCUUAGGAUGACCAUUUCAAUGUUUCUGGUUCAGUCUUUUUGCUUAGUUUUGAGUCUUAUAUGUUCGAAUUUCCGGGGAUUAGGGAUAUGAAUCCUUGAUUUGAAUGCUGGAUAUAACUCUAAAUGAGUUACAAUCUCAUCUUCAAUACAUUUUUAAUUGUUUUACCUGUUUAGGACAACCUUGAUGAGUCGGACAAUAUUUCUGAUCGACAAAGAUCGGAUACUAAAAGUUUUUCAUGACCAGGUUCUGAAACAAAACGUUUCUAACAAAACCUGUGCUUUGUCUAGCCCAUGUCUUGAUCCGAACCCGGAAAAAAAACAGAGCUCACCAACGUUAUGUUAUGUUCUCCAACUUCAUUAGUGUCUUUCCCUAGACUCCCAAUACUGAAAUCUAAUCAGUAUCUUCAAAAUAUUGAAAUCUUGCUUUCCAAGUCAUUGUUAGUUGUCAUACCUGAUUCCAUGGCCUGGACCGAAGUUGAGUUUAGACUCACGGUGGUCUCCGCUUUGAAACGUGUUAUCGGUUAUGGUCACACCAGCUGAAGCUUGGACGUGGAGGCAAUCUGUGUUGGACUUUGGUCUUGACUAUCACACUGUGUGACUAGAGUUUUCAGAUUUAUUUUGUUUUUAUCGUUAUCGAGUUUUCAAACUUAACUCGGUGCUAAUGAUUGGUCUACCUUCAAAUAUAAUCAAGAUGGUGGUGGGAAUCAGAUAUAUGACCAUAACAUAUAAUCAAGAGUGGAUUAACAACGUAAAUAACUUAGGCUACAAGCUUAUCCUAUUCUACGUACGCAAGUUUUCAUCUAGGUAUAAGGAAAGAUUGAGUCGCACUCAACUUCGAUCCUUGAACAUGCAGCUAAUAUUAUUACGGCGCAUCAUGAUCCUUUCAUUGACCUUGAUGAAUUAAUAAAGAAAUUACUGGAAAAGUAUAAUUGACCAGUUAAUAACUUAAUUGAUCAUUUCAUCUUGUAUUUCUUGUUAAUAUUACGUCAAUUGAAGUGCAUGAACUUGAAAAACGUAUGAUUAAAUCAAAUGUUUGACUCUUUUUUUUUUUGAACAAUAAUCAACUUAAGUCAAACAUUUGAUUUAAUCAUACUUUUUUUAACAGAGAUGACGAUAGAUUUCGACAACGUUAACUAUAUCUAAAAGAAAUUGGCCCAAUAUUUCCUCCGUAUUAAUUCCACCAACGUUCGUAACGUAACCAUGUUAUAUAUAUAUAACGUAACCAUGUUCCACGCCACCAUCGUUAACCUUUACAUCACAUAUAUUUCAGAAGAGAUUAAUUUUAAUUCUUACACAAUUACUCGGAGAUUGAUUAUGAAACAUUGUUGGUAUCAUCUAACAUAAGAGGAUGAUUUAUGGUGAGUGGGAACACAAUAUCACAUAUUUCAGAAAUAAUUUGAUUAUUUACCGUAGCAUAAACUCUUUUCUUUUCUUUUGCUAUUUAUAUUUUACACGACAUUUUCCUAUUUUUAUUUAAUGAAUUUUCACUAGUACCUAAUCUUUGUUUUCCUCCAAAAAAAAACAAUCUCUGUUUUCUGGCAAAACAAAAAUAUCUCUAAAAGCCAAUCGUUUGCUAAAAUAAUUGGCCACAUGAAUUUUCAGCAUUGAUAUUGUGUCCCCACUCUCCGCAAAUCAUCAUGCAUAUUACAUAGGUAGCAAGCAUUCAUUGCCAAUGUGAGUCGUGACCAUUGAAUAUUAGGUUCCUCGUUCUUUUUCAAGCAUUGAUCUGUUCUUAUUUAAGUUGCCUAUUUGAAUCAACAAAAUUGCUAAUGAUGAAGGAUCUAUAAGCAAGAGGCUUAAAUCACUUGGUUGCUACCUUAGAACACCUUUAUCCCGGUUUCUGUUGGGGGUUUUAAGAGUUAUGGUGCAUUUAAUUAAAUGAAAAGAAAUUAAAUUGUAUGUAACCGAUCCUUAAUGGGGAAUUUUCGGAACCGCUUAUAAAAUGGGUUUUAUGGGCACGUGUCAGCUAACGAGGAGAGGAGGAUUUAUUAAUAUAUUUUUUUCUUCGUUUCUUUCUUUCUUCGUCUUCUCCGCUUCUCUCUUCUCUCGUGUUUUCCGAAGGACAACGAGUCUAAUCCGUCGCCAAGCUGAUGCCAUCCUCCGCAUGCAAUCUCAUCGCCUUCUUCUCUAGCUAUUCUGUCAGCCCAAACUCGAUCUCCACUCUCCUUCUCUAGCUUCACUCCCAAAACUCUAGUCUUCUACAUAACCAGAACCAAAACCAGAAUCCCUUAUCUUCCUUCUUCUGUGUUUGCUUCCCAUCGAUCCUGCAAUUUCAUCAACGUGGGUUCGUUCAAGGGAUCCUUGCAUUUUUGUGGAUCUUGAAGCCUUUGUCGAGGUAAAGAUUCAUGCUUUAGUCUUGUUGGAGGCUUAAUUAGGAGCGGAUUGUUUUGUUGCUAAUUAACUGAUUUAGUCUUGCGGGAGGUUUAAAUUGAGUUAAUCUAGUGAAUGAUCUCUGCUAAUUAACUGAUUUAGUCUUGUGGGAGGCUAGCAUCAAGUUAAGAGCUUUGUGUAAUGAGUUGAUCUAGUAAAUGAUCUCUGUUAAGUAAUUCUUUUUAAUGUCUUGAUAGUUCUGCAAGGCUUCUACUCGUGUGUCUAUUUGCCUAAUAGUAUAACAUCAUCUUGAAGCUCUUAUGCUUGUUCUGUUUUGCUUGUCUAUUCGUGUGUGUAUUAGUGUGUGUAUUUGCAUAAUAGAAUAGCAUCAUCUUGAAGCUCUUAUCAGAUCUCUGUCUUUAACUUAACCUUGUACAUAGAUUAUUCAUUAUGUUCAUUAAUUCCUUUUAAUGUUUUCAUUCUUUUGCGAGUCCUCUAUUGGUGGUUGAGCUUGUUGUGGCACAGGAUAAAACACAUCACCUGUCUUGGAGAAGCAACCAUUACCGGCGCCUCUCGGUGAGCAGGUAACAUGACACAAGACGGGAGCUUGGGUGUGGAAGUCAUGUUUUGUUUCUGAAGUCUUGUUUGAAGUGAGAACACGAGUCACGGACGUGGGAGUCAUGUUUGAAGUCAUGUUUGAUCACGGACUGCAAUGAGCUCUUUGAAGUCAUGUUUGAUCACGAACUGAAAUGAGCUUUUGUUUGAUUGUGUAAUGUAUUUGUUUUAUGUGUCACGGACUGAAAUGGUCUUGUAAAGUCCCGUGUAAUGAGCUUUUGUUUGAUUGUGUAAUGUUUUGUAAGUUUAUGUCACAGACUUGGUUAUCAAACCUCAGCUUUUCUCUUAUUUUUAAGUCUUAUAAAGGCUCGUUGUCUCUC